GACCCUCCCCCAGGCCCCCACACUGUCACCACACACAGUAUCUUCCAUGUUUCUUGUUUCAGUCAACAGACGGGUUGACAUUUGCCCACGUGCCUUUGUCAACUAUCGCUAACCUUCGCGGAGAACACUUCGGGGUUGCGCAUUCCUACCUCCUCAGUUUCCGACCGUCUCCCUGGGCGAGAAUCGUUCAUUUCAACACGCGCUCGAAGCUCAGCAGCGAAACGAAGGCCGCCGCGAUGAACUGUCUCCAACUCUUCUUUCUACUUGGCACAACUCUUGCCAAAGCAGAUUUCAUCAGUUCCGUCCUUCAGGGGUUCCUGUUUUUGCCAGAAGACAGCCUUGACGACACGUGUCCCCCGGGUGACUUUAAGUGCGCGUCCCACGCCGUGUGUAUCCGGGAGGCCUGGCGCUGUGACGGCGAGAACGACUGUCCCGACGCCAGCGACGAGAGGGACUGCCCUCCGUCCUUCUGCGCUGGGUCCGAGUUCCAGUGCCGGGACCCUCCCGCCUGUAUCCCGGCCAGGUGGGCCUGUGAUGGGGAGACAGACUGCGCAGACUCGUCGGACGAGGCUAACACAGCCUGCACGUGGUUCAGACGACGGUCGAAGCCGUGCGAGGGCGGCAGUUUCCGGUGCGCGAACUCCCGCUGCAUCCCGCUCAAGUUCAUGUGUGACGGCGAGAACGACUGUAAGGACAACUCGGACGAGUCCUCCUGCCCCGUCUGCCGACCCGGCAAGUUUCUGUGCCGCAGCGGAAGCUGCAUUCCCGAGAAGUAUCGUUGCGACGGCGUCGACGACUGCAAGGACAACACUGACGAGGAGGGAUGCGAACCCGACGAUAACAGCACGCCACGACCACUCGAAACCCCUACCACAGCCUCUACUAUCCCACCCACCAUCACUACCACGGCAAGGACCACCACGACAACUUCGACGACACCAACAACGAGGCCGAGGGAGACUUCGCCCAAGACUACAACAACCUGCAGCAGUGACCAGACCCCGUGUCGGGACGGGAGUAAAUGUAUCCCCAUCUCUUGGCUCUGUGACAAAGCCGCAGACUGCGCGGACGGAAGCGAUGAGAACAACGAGCGAUGCGCAUCUGAAUGUGGUGAGGACCAGUUCCGGUGUAACCAGAGCGGGAUCUGCCUGCCUGCCGCCUGGCGGUGUGACUCACAGACAGACUGUAGUGAUGGGUCUGACGAGGCAGGCUGUGGACAGUGCCUGCCCCGUGAGUGGAGAUGUGAGAACGGACGGUGUAUCCAGGAGAAGUGGCGCUGUGACGGAGACAAAGACUGUCCGGAUGGGUCAGAUGAGAAAGACUGCGAGGCCCCCCAGUGUAGUGAUACAGAGUUCCGGUGCGGGGACGGCCGCUGCCUGCCUAAGAAGUGGCGGUGUGACGAGGACCAGGACUGUGAGGACGGGUCAGAUGAAACAGACUGUACGUCAAGCAGCCGCCCAGACCCGUGCUCACCAAAUGAAUUCCACUGCGGAGACGGACAGUGCAUACACCAGUCCUGGGUUUGCGAUGGAGACGCGGACUGUAGGAACCUGGCGGACGAGACCGACUGUGCAGCAGAGCCCCCUACUCCAGAGAACAAGGACUGCAGCCCAGGGUACUUCCGGUGUGAGCCGAACGGGUGUAUCUCUGAGGAGAGGAUCUGUGAUGGGGAGGCAGACUGUGAAGAUGCUUCAGAUGAGAAAGAUUGCGGUGUGAAUGAAUGUCUGGAUAACAACGGUGGAUGUGAACAUCUCUGUCAGAACCUCCGCAUUGGAUAUACCUGCCGGUGUAAGGAAGGCUUCCGUCUACAGGGUAACACCACGUGUGUAGAUCUUGACGAGUGCGCCACUCCCGGCUACUGCAGUCAGCUGUGUGAGAAUGGGUACGGUGUUUACAGCUGCAGCUGUCUGAGCGGGUAUCACAUGCAGGCUAGUGGCACGUGUGUGGCGUCAGGACAAGAGCCGUACCUGAUUGUUUCUAACAGACGUGAAAUCGUGAGGUUCAACGUAAGAUCCUCAGCUAAAACCGCGAUUCUAACUCAGGACCUUCGCAGCGUCAUUGCAGUUGAUGUGGACCUCGCUAGGGGGAGGCUGUUCUGGACUGAUGUUGGGACACAAAGAAUCAUGAGUGCAACCCUUCCACCUGUUGACGCCAAAGAAGCAACUGCCGACGACAUCCAGGUCGUGUUCUCCACGGACGUGCUGAUCCCGGACGGCAUCGCGGUGGACUGGGUGUACGGCCACGUGUACUGGACAGACACGGGACUGGACACCAUCUCUGUGGGAACCAUGGACGGGACCUGGCGCAGGACACUGGUGGACACGGGCCUGCAGGAACCGAGGGGGAUUGUCGUGGAUCCUGAACAGGGCCUGAUGUACUGGACAGACUGGGGAUCUGACCCUAAGAUCGAGCGUGCCUGGAUGGAUGGACAGCACAGGGAAGUCAUCGUGGGAGACAACAUUACCUGGCCCAACGGCCUGGCCAUAGAUUUUGUGAGUAGAAGGCUGUUCUGGCUGGAUGGGAAGAAAGGCACAGUAGAGAGCAGCGACCUGUUAGGUGGAGACAGGAUGGUCAUCAUCGAGCACCCAGCCUCACAUCUGUUUGGCUUGGAAGUCUUUGAGGACACGGUAUACUUCUCUGACUGGGAGAUGUUCAGCCUGUACGGUGCCAGCAAGUUCAACGGCAGCGACAAACAUGUCCUGAGUGACGACUUCUUCAUGCCCAUGGAUGUAGCCAUUGUCCAUCCACUCAAGCAGGCAAAAGCCAUAAACUACUGCCUUGACCAAUCAGGACAGCCGUACUGUACGCAUCUUUGUCUUCCCGUGCCUCCGAAGGAAGGCAGCAAAAACUACACCUGCGCAUGCUCAGAUGGGUACACGAAGGGAGAGAGCGAAUCAUGCACAUCUGUGGAACAAGAUUCAGACUUUGAGAUGAAAACGCCAUCUGUAGUUGCAGAAAAAGUGACACCAACUUCAGUGCCAACUGCAAGAACAGCCCCGGUGACAUCUAAAACAGAAAUACCUACAACAACAACAACACCUUCAUCACCACUGGUUGCUAGCACGACUGCUCACACUAACGGAGAGGUUGACUCUAACAUUUUAGAAGAAAGUCGGUUCAAUGCCACAGAAGACGAAGAUAUCAACAUCAUUAGAAAGCAUGGGGUCCUGUCAGACUCCACGGCAGGAGAGUCUUGUGGGGGACCGGGAAGGUUCCUAUGCACGGCUGGCAGCUGUGUGGAGGGGCGGGCCGUCUGUGAUGGGGCAACCGACUGUGCUGACUGGGACGACGAGGGACCAGUCGUUUGCAAUGAAGACGAGUUCCUGCUGAUCCCCAGCAGCUCGGAGGUGCGAGCCGUCAGCAUCAAGACAGGCGGGCACAACGUGGUGGUGCCUCCUGAGGAGGGCAGGAACAUCAUCACGGUGGACAGCGACGUGCAGACGGGAACCGUCUACUGGUCCGACCAGUUCAAGGGCAUCUACAGUCACAAGUUGGGUUCAUCAGACCCACCCAGGGGGAUCUUUACUGGGAAGAACUCCACAUUUGAUGGGCUGGCUGUGGACUGGAUCCACCAGAACCUGUACUGGACAGAGACCAUGGGCGAGGCCAUCUGUGUCAUGAACCUACAGAACGGCCGCUGGAGGACUCUCAUUAAGGAAGACGUUAAGAGACCGUUCGCUAUUGCUUUGGACCCCAUUGAUGGCUGGGUGUACUUUGCAGACUGGGCCUACCCCGCCAGUAUAGAGCGGGUUGGAAUGGAUGGCUGGGAACGAAGGGCUAUCAUCACCGAGCAGAUCAUCUGGCCUAGCGGGCUGGCUAUUGACUUCCACUCCAGAAAGUUGUUCUGGUCGGACGCUAAGAUCAACAGUAUCUGGUCCAGCGACAUGGACGGGAAGAACCGACGCAUCAUCGUGGGCAGCCGGCGUCUGUCCAGACCUCUGGCACUUGACAUCCUACAGAACACCCUGUUCUGGAUGGACUGGGAUGUUGACUCUGUGAAGCGGGUGGAUAAGAACACGGGCAAGCAGAAAUCCUUACUGCGGGUUCAGACACUGGACAACCCACUACACAUGCUGGUCCAUGCAGGGUGGAAACAGCCUAAAGGGACAAACCGUUGUGGUGAGAACAAUGGCGGCUGUUCAGACCUGUGUCUGCCCACCCCAAAACCCUUCAACAGUCGGAGAGACUUCACCUGCGCAUGCGGGGAAGGAUUUGUACUGGCAGACGACGGAGUCACCUGCCAUGCUCAGUAAAAGAAAAAAUAGAAGAGUUCAAGAUGAAAGGUUUUAACGUCUAUCAUAAAAAAGUGUUGAGUGGUCGUCACAUUGAAAAAAUGAUUGAAAAAUGUUUGAUGGCUCUGCAAGAACCAAGGAUGUAAGUUCCUCGCUAUUAAGUUAUACAUUGUAUCAGUAAACGUGGAUGCAAUAGAAACUUUGUUCUCUAUGUUGUAUUGUUCAGUGUUACUCACACACUUACUAGUAAGUAACAUAGUUUGUGUGGCUUUUCUCUACAUACAACAUGACAUUGUACUAAUUUAGUAAGUUAAAUUGCAGACCAAUUCAUGGACUAGUUUUUAACUCAGUCUAUAGGCACACAAUGUAAAGAUGCUUAAUAUAUAUUUUCUGUCCCGUUUUAAGCCUUAAACAAGCUUUUAAUAACUCUGUACAAUUCCACACUUUGUAACAUUGAAGUUACGCUAAGCUACAACAAAUCAUACUUCUAAUUCUUUGUAUAGUUGUGAAAUUUGAAUGCUAGGCAGCUGGCAAUCACCAAUGAAUACUACAAUGUACAUCAUCUUGCGUUCAUGAAUUUUCAUAAUCAGAAUCACCAUUGGUUAACUAUAGACCUAAGCAAUGUUCCAUAGGAACCAAAUCAAACCAAAAAAAGCUCUACAUCUAUCAAAAAACAUAAACCCAUAUUUCAUCUUCUGUCCUUAUAAGAGUCUUGCACAAUCCCAUGUUUCUUGUGAAAUAUAAUUUUUAUCUUAUUGGCAAAAUAUAUGCUGCUACUGCAAAACAUUAAUAUAAAAAAUCAUAGACUUUUAAGAGCUCUUUAUAUGGCUGAAGGUUUUUCUGUGGGAAUUGAGGACAACAUUGUAGGACACAAAUGAAUGUGUAUACUUGGUGUUAAGGUCACAAGGAAGACAAUUUUUUUUACCUUUGAGAGCAUGCAUUGUUCAAGUUAACUAUUCUAUAAAGCUGAAUUGACUCUUUUUACAAAGUAGGUAUACUUUGAGGCAAAGCCAUAGAAAAGAUUUAGCAAUGUACAAAAAAGUGGAACGUUAUCUAAGAAUUUGCUUGUCAUCAAUUUUUUUUUUACUUUUGCAUGGCAAUAAAUUAUUUACAUAAAAAAUACAUGUGCCUAUAUCUGCAACAUAUGCACAUCAUCAUCAUCAUUCAUGAUUGUAUAUUAUCUAUACAAGCUGCUUGUCCCUUGGUAUCAUUUCCAAACCAGUGCUCCAUCGGGUAGUUUAUGGGCUGUUUUCAAGCUGUUUCCCUUCACUUUUGGGUGGGGUCUGUCUGAAAACACAGCCUGUGAAAUACCUGACUGGGCACUGGAUUGGAAACGGGACAGUAACAUUUACCUUACCGUAGUGUGCCCUGCAAAAUGUUAACUUAGCAGUUUCCCACACUUUUGGGUAAAUUUCUUUACACCGAAGAAAAAACACCAGGAAAUAGCAGACCAUAUGCACUAAGUUUACCCGUAGCACCUCAUUUAUACGUACAUUUUCUUUGUCUAAAUGAUCCUUUGAAAUUCUACCUACACAUUUCAUAACCAACAAGAAUUGCACAUUCUUCCAUGAAAUUAUCCCCAGACAGAGA